UUUUUUUUUUCACCGGUCGCCUCUCUCUCUCUCUCUCUCAACCAGAAAAUAAUAUUUCUUCCCCAAAUUAAAUUUUCUUCCCCAAUUUUAUAUGGAAAAUCUCACAAACAACGCAAAGAAAAUCAGAGUCACGUAUUCCGAUCCAGACGCCACCGAUUCAUCGUCGGACGAAACCGAAUCGACUCAGAAGAAAUCGAAGAGAAAAGUCCACGAAGUUUUCGUCGCCGCCGACGCGGUGAAUUUCGCCGACGAGGUUGUGAAAUUCCGCAAGCGGACGGGAAAAUCGAAAUUCGUCGGAGUACGGCGGAGGGAAUCGGGGAAGUACGCCGCGGAAAUUAGGGAUUCGUCGAAGAAGAAGCGUCUUUGGCUGGGCACCUUCCCCACCGCCGAAGAGGCAUCUAGGGUUUACCUCUCGAAGAAACGCGAACUUGAGGGCAAGCUGAAGGCCAAACGGGGAUCCGAUUGGAUUCCAUGUGAGAAGCCGCCGUCAGCUCAGGAUUCGCCGUCUUCGGUGCUCGAGAACGAGAACUUUGAGCCGCCUGAGGAAAUCCGCCGCCGUGACGCCGCCGCGGGAGAGGAGGUUUCAGGCGAAGACAAGGUUGGGUAUUUUUUUGGUGUGCAGAUUGUUGACCAGAAUGGGUUUCUAGUUGGGGAAUUCAGUAAGCUCGACGAUCUUAGCAUCUGCGCAGCCGAAGAAGCCGCCGAAGAAGCCGAUUAUAAAUUUUAAUUUUAAUUUUAAUUUUAAUUUUUAAUUUCUUCUGACAUUUGAUUUCAUUUGAUUUCGUUGUGUUCCAGUUGUUUUUUUUUUUUUUUUUUUUAAGUUCUUGAAUAAUGAUUUUCAUUGUAAAUAUAGCCUUGAAUGGUUACUUAUAGUUGAAUUAAUUUGGAUGA